AUGUUUUUUUCCUUUCUUUUGACAGGCCUGGCCCUCCUUCUGCAGAUGCAGAUGGGAUCUUCCUACAUUCUGUCUUGCUACUUCACCAACUGGGCGCAGUACAGACCUCCGCCCACAGUGUACAUGCCUCACAACAUCGACCCCUGCCUGUGUACACACCUGCUUUACGCCUUUGCCACCAUGAAGAACAACCAGAUCGCCACCUUCGAGUGGAAUGACGUGACCCUGUACGGCGAGUUCAACGCCCUCAAGAACCAGAACGGAAACCUGAAGACUCUUCUGUCUGUUGGUGGAUGGAAUUUUGGUUCUUCUGGAUUCAGUGCCAUGGUGGCCUCGUCAGGGACCCGGAAGAUCUUCAUCGACUCUGUGAUUGACUUCCUCAGGAAGUAUGAGUUUGACGGUCUGGAUAUCGACUGGGAGUACCCUGCCAACAGGGGGAGCCCUCCCCAGGAUAAGCAGCUCUACUCUGUCCUCCUGGAGGAAAUGCGUGCAGCCUUUGAGAACGAGGCCAAGCAGACCAACAGAGCGAGGCUUCUGCUCUCCGCGGCCGUGUCUGCGGGCGUGGGAACCAUCCAGUCCGCCUAUGAGAUCCCCAAGGUCGGACAGGCUCUGGAUAUGAUCAACGUCAUGACCUACGACAUGCACGGCUCCUGGGAGCCCUUUACUGGAGAGAAUAGCCCUCUCUACAAGAGCCCAACUGACCAGGGUGGAGACGUUUACUUCAGUAUUAACUACGCCCUGAACUACUGGAAAGACAACGGUGCCCCAGCCGAGAAGCUGCUGAUUGGCUUCCCCACCUAUGGGCAGACCUUCACCCUGAGGAACCCUUCCGAUCACACGGUGGGCGCCCCCAUCUCCGGCCCUGGCCCUGCUGGAAAGUACACCCAGGAAGCCGGCUCCUUGGGCUACUUUGAGAUCUGUGGCUUUUUGGAAGGAGCGACAUUAGUGUGGAACACACCCCAGCAGGUCCCUUACGCCUACAAAGGAACGGAAUGGGUCGGCUACGACAACCAAAAGAGCUUUGAGAUCAAGGUCCAGUGGCUGAUGCAGAACAAGUUUGGAGGAGCUAUGGUGUGGACCAUCGACACUGAUGACUUCAGUGGAAACUUCUGCCAUCAGGGCAAAUACCCGUUGAUCAACGUGCUGCACAAAGCCUUCGGGCUGGACCAAGCAAGCUGCAAACCACCUGCAACUCCCCUGCCCCCAAUUAAGGGUGAAACAACCACAGUAGAGGCUAGUGGGUCUGGAGGAGACAGCCCCAGUGGAGGCACUGGUGGGGGAGACAGCAGCUUCUGUGUGGGCAAAAGCAGCGGGAUGUACCCUGAUCCCACUAACAAGAACGACUUCUACCAGUGCAACAAUGGCCAGACCUACUUCCAGCACUGCGCUCAGGGGCUGGUCUUUGACUCCAGCUGCUCCUGCUGCAACUGGGCUUAGAUCGACAGGCCGUCAGCAGCAAUGAAAACAGAUAGAUUUGGGUGUGUUUUAGCAAUGUGCUGACUAAAGCAACUUUCUCAUUUUUAGUAAGUGUAAGGAACUUGUGAAAUGAUUGCAACUUUGCUGUGUUUUGCAGCGAGUUGCUGCGCUGGCUUCUAAAAAAACGAAGUCGUAGUUUUGUGAGCCCUCCUCAGUAACAACAGUAAAAUUAGAAAGUUUCAAAAGAAUUUAGCACAUAGCUUAAACAAUAACUUAGUAACUUUGAUCUAACUAGAUUAGUGAGCCUUCCAUUGGUUCAGGGUGGAGAAUGCUCAAUAUUUCACAUGGAGUAAAGUCUGGAGUUAAUUAUAGGCUUUCUUCAUGUCUGAGAUAUUUGGAUUCAUUCCACUGUGAAUCGUUGUGUAUUAUGUUUAUCCCACAUGCAUGAAGCAUUUGUUGGUGUUGCCCUUUGGAACUGUAUUUGUAGAUGGGUCAGAGCUAUAUUGGAAAUAAAUAAAUAAAUGACAGCUUCACUAUAUAGAUAUGCCAGUGCUGCAUGCACAGACAAUAGCAUGACUGUAAAAAAGGUGCUAUCAUUUUCCAUCAGGCGUGGGAUAAACGGGGGAACUUACCAGCUGCUGUACGAAUCAAAU